AUGAAUCUUGAGGUUUGGACCGAAGAAUUUGAUUCAAAACCAACCUUCAGUGCCAAAAAAAAAGGCAAGACCAAAUCAUCAACGUCCAACUCAAAAUCAGGUGGCAGUGGCAGAAAACGAAAAACAGUUACAGACAGUCGGAACUUGUCGGGGACGCACGCUGAAGAUUUGAAGUCGAGACUCCUGCCAGUGGAGGAAGAGACAUUCCUGAAUGAUCCGUACAUAACUCCAUUCCUCCUGCUACCCAACGCUGCAACUCCGUUCAUCAUCAAAAGUGGAAAGAACAAUAAAAAUGAUAAAAACUUCGCCAAUUCAACCGAAACGACACAAAACAAAUAUGACACAAAUCCCAAAAACACAGACGCCAAUCCCAAACAACAACUACAGCAAACAUUAACUCAUCUCCAACAGUAUAAUCUGCCAUCAGCAUCUUCUACUACUACGACAUCCACAGCACCGACCGCAACCACAACAGCGACAGCGACUCUCAACAAACAACACAACUUCACGUGCGAGCAGUGUGGAAAGUUCUUUCGACUCAGCUCGCAUUUGAAGUCGCACCUGAAAAUCCACCUGAUCGAGAAGGAGCACAAAUGCGACGAGUGUGGCAAGACAUUCCCCAUACCAAACAACCUGAAGAAGCACAUGAGGGUGCAUUCGGGGGAGCGACCAUACGUCUGUCUAAUCUGCAACAAAUCGUUCACUUCCGGUAGCAACCUAAAGAUCCAUAGCAAAUCACACAGCGGCGACAAGCCACACGUCUGCGCUGUCUGCUCGAAGGCAUUCACGCUGAAAAGCCACCUGGCGAACCACAGAAAAAUUCAUUUCUCCAAUCGGGGCUACCAGUGUGAGGUCUGCGACCGCAGCUUCAAGAAAUUCAUCUGCUCCUGUUGCGACAGGUCUUACCACACGCUGAAGAUGUUGAAGCAACAUCUAAGAUGGCAGCAUUCAACAGGAAACGACGAAGAAUCUUACAACUGCCAACUGUGCUCCGUCAGGUUCACCGAGCAGCAUUCACUACUAAAACACAUGAGGAAACAUGAACUAUGA